AUGAUAUUUUCAGUAUUAAUCUGCUUUUGUUGUACUUUUGGACAGGGAAUAGAUAGAGGCACUGAUUCGGACUGUAUACAGGACUUUACGUUUAAAUGCCCUGAAGGAUGGAAUCUCUCGUUAGAUGAUAAUGAUGUGUGUAUUGCUCCUAUUUCCUAUCGUGGACCAUGCUCUUCCAAGAUAAUUGCUACAAAUAAUACCAAGGAUAAACAGACGUUGCAAUCUAUCUGUAACUUAAAAUGGCCAUCUCAAGAGGUUUGCGAGAGAAAUCUUGACGUAUGUCCAAAGUUCUGGUAUUCUAGUGAAAAGUAUUGCCUUCCAACACCUUCUUACAAUGGUCCAUGUCACAAACCCAUUAACAUUAACGAUAUCGAAUCAUCUGAAAAGACUCUAUGGAGUAAUAGGUGUAAUAUAAUAUGGCCAUGCAAGAACAGUUGCAAUAAGAACUACAAGAGCAAAUGCCCAAAGGACUGGAACCCUCUAAGUUAA